AAAACUCAAAUUGUGUUUAUUCAUCUCAUAGCCUACUCUAUGCAACAUGCUAAUAGAUUUUUGUAAUGAAGGCUUAGUUGAAUCAAUUUGGUGCAGUGUAUCAGAGAGCGAUGGUUAUUGUGUAAAAAAUCUUAUUUCGUUGGAUAGUGUGAAAAAACAAAAAGGAUUCCUUGCAGAAAGAUUUAUAAGACCUCCAGUGUCAAUAUGUAUAAAAUUUGUGGAGCACAUAUCUAUCAAUCAUGUAGUUUUAUACUCUUCAAAUGGUUCGCAGACAUCGUCGGGUGUCGAACUUUUUACUGGAGAUACUGAACUUAUUGACAAAUUUCUUGCUAAAAGUUAUCUAAAUACUGAAAAUGGGUUCAUAUUUCAUCGCUUCAAUGAUAAAACUUUGGAAGUUUCACAUAAGAAUCUUUUCAAAAGUUCAUUUAGAAGUGCCAGGUAUUUGAAUGUAAGAUAUUUGAAAGUUAAUAUUAUUAAAACUAGGAAUACAACAGUUCCAACCUUGAGAAAAAUUGAAGUUUGGGGGAAGUUGAGUAACACUUGCUCAGAUGAUAUAAAGAAUAAAAUAUCUAAUGUUUGGUUAGAAAUUAAGAAAGCUUCUGAACCUCUCAUCAGAAUGAAAAGAAAAAUUACAAACGUUGAAAGUCAACCAAUUCAUAAUGACAACUCUUCAAAUAUCUGUGAACCAAUACCUGAUGAAUUUUUAGAUGCUAUCACUUACGAAUUGAUGGAAGUUCCAAUGGUUUUACCCAGUGGAAAGAUAGUAGACCUGAAAACUUUGGAAAGAUAUAAUUCUGAACAAGAAAGCUACGGUCGUUCAGCAAACGAUCCCUUUACAGGAAAAUUCUACAGUGAAAUCAGUAAACCGGUUUACAGUUCUUCAUUGAAGUUGAGAAUUGACGAAUUUUUGUCCAGAAAUAGUAGCAUUGACGAUUUAAAACACUCAUCAAGAACUGUAGGACUUCCAAGUGGACGUGCCAAAGUUUGUCGACUUGUAUCUAAGGAUACAGUUAAUGAACUCAGCGUAGAAUCAAGAAUAUUGAACAGUGAUUGUUCUACUCAAACUAGUAGUCAAAAUCGAAAACAGACUUUUUCCAAUAAGCCUAUACAAAUAGAUCUGAAUGAUUCAAAAGAUAAAUCAAGUUCUAAGUUCAACAUAAGUUCCUUCGACUCUUUAAAAAGUGAUAGUCUGAAUGCAUCUCUCAAACAGUUUCUCUCAAAAAGUGCUGUGAACAAUCGCGAAGAUUCUGAACGAGUUUGUUGUUCUGUUUGUGGUACAGAAGAAAAUUUAUAUCAAAUUCCUUGUGAACAUUAUAUGUGUCGAUCGUGUACUACAGUUAGAUUAGCAGACAAAGAAAGCAGAUGCUCGAAAUGCUCCACUCCAUUCAAAUCCAGUGAUAUUGUGAAGACUCACUCCAGCACUAUUUCUUCCAACUACCGUAUUUCAUAACAAGACUGAUUUUGCGAUCACCGCCGUCAUGACGAUUGCACCUAGACUGGUUUUUGGCCGGCAAGGAUAUUCGCAUUUAUCCUGGUUGACAAAGAAGUGAUAUCGCACCCUCAAAUGUGAGUUUUGCCGUAAUACGUUUUGAGUUAAUAUUCUAAUUAAUGUUUUUCAAUAAAUACAUAAUAUUUUAUCAAAUCGA